AUGCCUCAUUUAAGGAUCAAGGCAAGAAAGUUCUCUAAAUUCUACAUUAACAACUUUAAGCCAAUCACUAAGCAUGAAGAUUUUGAUCACAGGAAGUCAAUAAUGACUUAUCGUGGAUUCUGCUUUAUUGGGUGUCUUACUCUUGGCUUUAUGUCAUUCAGAGCGAGGAGAUUUAAACUUAGUGGCAUUGAGGGUCAUCAAUAAAGUAGAGACCCUCAAUUCUUAAUAAAUGUAUUAAAUGAUGGAGUCUCUGCUUUUGUUGGGUUUGUUUGUGGUUAACUAAUAGCUUGCGAUUACAUUUACAAGCAUAGAUAAUAUGUUAUGGAGAGACUAUUCUUUGAAAAAUAUAAUAAUUUUAACAGAGACUUGAUGAUUAAUUAGCCUGGCUUUUAAUUAUAGGAAGAGUAUCUCUUCAGUCCAUAUGUGCAAGUUUCUGAUGCUGAUAUGAAAGAGGAGAGACUUCAUCCGAGUGAAGUCAAAGAAGACCAAAAGAGAUAGCAAAAAACUGUUGAAAGAAUCUAGUAGGAGUAUGAAAAGCAAUAGAAAUUAUAAACUGCUAAUAAAUCUAAUGAAGCUCAAAGUAAGAAUCAAUGA